AUGCCACUGUACCCGUCCCGGCAACGCCAAGAUCGAGAAUUUCUUCUCGGGUCCAGAUUGGACGCCAUACUUAAAACGAGCAUUCCAAGACACAACAAAGUCAGUAUUCGCCAGUCGUUCAUCAUGUUGUUCGCCACCGUCUUCUUGUCGUUGUUCUUUUCGCUUUCUUCUGCGGCCCCAGUGGUCAUUUCCUCUCGUGCGGCUUGUGCCGAUGUUAUGGUUAUUUUUGCCCGAGGGACAACGGAGCCGGCUCCGAUUGGGAUUGUCGCUGGCCCGCCUCUGCAAGCGGCGCUCAAAGCAGCAUUGAAAGGAAGGACGCUGUCGUUCCAGGGCGUCGACUACCCUGCGAAUAUCCCAGGAUUCUUGGUCGGCGGUGAUAAACAAGGCUCGAAGACGAUGGCGGACGACUUGACCCAGGCGGCGGACGCAUGCCCUGAUGCCGCCCUCGUCACUGUCGGAUACAGCCAAGGGGGGCAACUAGUGCAUAAUUCCGCCAAGUUGCUUUCCGAGGACGUCUCUAAACGUGUCAAGGCUGCAGUUAUCUUUGGAGACCCGGAUAACGGCCAGGCCGUCGCUGGAAUUGACGCCGCGAACACCAAAGUUAUCUGCCAUGUGGGCGACAACAUCUGCCAGGGCGGCAGCUUGAUUCUCCCCCCGCAUUUGACGUAUGGUCAGGAUGCGAGGUCUGCGGCGGCGUUCAUCGCAAGCAGGGUUUGA